UUAGAAGCCGGUCCACCACCGUCACCUUCCCGGAGAAUAAAACCGGAAAUAUUCUCUAAGAAUAUGCUUUUCCCUCCGCAUAUUCUCCCCUCCAUCUUCCGUAUAAUAUUUCUCCUUCUCACAUUCAUAACCAAAUUCUCACAUCAUUCACAUUCACCGAUCAAAUUAUCAUGAAAUUCGGCAAGAGUUUGAGCAAUCAGAUCGAGGAAACGUUGCCGGAAUGGAGAGACAAGUUUCUCUCCUACAAAGACCUCAAAAAACGCUUGAAACUCAUCAAACCGGUGGAGAAAAUGGACCACGACGGUAACCGUCCGGCGAAGAGAUUGCGGAUCUCCGACGAAGAGUGUCCGGUGGCUGCUGGUGGUGAGUUGUCCAAGGAAGAAGUUGAUUUCGUCCAGUUGUUGGAAGAGGAGGUUGAGAAGUUUAAUUCGUUUUUUGUUGAGAAAGAGGAAGAGUAUAUCAUCAAAUUGAAGGAGUUUCAGGAUAGUGUUACUAAAGCUAAAGAUUCAAAUGAAGAAAUGAUCAAGAUAAGAAAAGAAAUUGUUGAUUUUCAUGGAGAGAUGGUUUUACUAGAGAAUUAUAGCGCGCUUAACUACACAGGAAUAGUGAAAAUACUAAAGAAAUACGACAAAAGAACCGGAGCUCUCCUUCGUUUACCAUUCAUUCAAAAAGUCCUGCAACAACCGUUUUUCACCACCGACUUGCUUUACAAGCUAGUGAAGGAAUGUGAGGCGAUGCUAGACCUCCACUUUCCGCUAACCGAACCACCACCUCCAUGUAAUGAAACUGGUGGUGGCGAUGAAGGCGGUUUAGGACCGACCACUAGUGUUGAUGCCAGUGAGGCGCCAUCAAAGGCUAAAGAAGUUGCUAUGUUGGAGUACAUGAAGAGUUUGUACACAAAAAGUACGAUUUCGGCUUUGAAAGCUUUGAAAGAAAUAAGAAGCAAAAGUUCAACGGUUAGCGCCUUCUCGUUGCCCCCUUUGCAAGUAAGCGGAAUCGAGGAAACUUGGAACAAACUUCCUCUUCAUGAGCAACUUGCAAAAUAAUGUUAUGUUAUGUUACAUUUGGUUUGUUACAUAUGGUGCUUUAAACUAGAUGCUAACCAUGGUUGUAAAAUACAUACAUGCAUGAUGCAUUGUAUACAUGCAUAGAUGAUGAUGAUGAUGAUGAUGAUUAACCAUAACCUUUGUCUUCA